UAUUAUGGUCGUUAGAAAAUUUGAAAAUAGUAGUGCAGUUAAAUUAGUGUGGAUUUUUUUAUUUAAAACUAUUGUUUAAAUAAAAUUAAGUUGUAACUAAUUAAUAAAUUUAAAUUUAAAAAUGAGUAAAGACAGUGGAGAUAAUUUAGACUGGGCGAUACAAUUAGGGUGUCCACCAUCAGUGUUGACAAAUGAUGUAAAAAAAAUUCUUAAUCAAGGCAUAAUGAGUUUUGUAUGGGAUGAAAUAGCAUCAGUGGUUCAUCCUGUUGAAGAUGUAGUUGACACACGAAAAAACAUUUUGCUAAACCAUCUCCAAAGUCAAGCUCAGGUGCCGGCUAUUCAGCACAUUAACAAAAUAAAAUUAUUAAAAAAUGAAAGAGCUUUAGUUAAUUCACAAAUUGAUAAAGUUGAGAAUAUGUGCGAGACACUUUAUCAUUCUCUUGAAGAAAAAGAAUUAAAAAUUUCAAAACUGAAAAACCAACAAGAAAAAACAGAAAUAAAAACUGGAGCUUUAGAAUUGAAAUUAAAAAAUAUUGAAUCAGAGAUAAAUUCAUGUAAGGAAUUUAUUUCAUACUGUAAUAAUUUAUUGCCGGCAAAUAAACAUGAAAUUGAUGAAGCUGCUUUUCAGUAUUGUCUUACGCUGGCUGGUUCAGUAAUUUCACGUCAAGGCAAGUUGGAGGCAUUGAAACAAAUUCAAGAGAUCUUGGAUCCACUUGCUAUUCCUGAAUUAUGGGAUAGCUUAUUACGUAAACGUAUGCAGGAUACUGAGAAAUUAACGAGACUCCAAUUGGAGCAAGAGAACAAUGAAACGCCAGGUCGGUCAUUUGAUGAAGCCUGGAAAAUUGGUCUUGCUUCUGUCGAAGCACAAAUUAUUACAUCGACACUUGAAGCAAUGAUACAUAAGGAAAAAUUACAAAAUCAUUUGCAGAAUGUGGUCAAUAUAAUUGAUAAAAUAAUGGUCAGUGAUUCGGAACAAGAACUAGAAUGGAUCCAACUUAAUCUAGAAAUUGCUCAGCAAGAUAAAAAAUAUAAAGAGUUACAAUCUUGUAUCGAAUAUUUCAAAAACUUUAAUGAAGAGAGACACGAUUUAACUGAAAGGCAAUCUGAGUUGUCAAGUGAACUUCACAAUGUCAAUUCCGAAAUGAAAGAGUGUAUAGAAACGAUUAAAAAUUCUUUGAGGUCCGUAAUAUCCGCCGGUAAUUUUCUUGAAAAAAUAAAAGAUAAUUUAAUCGACGAGCUAAUGAUUAUAGCUCUGAUGAAUCGUCAAUUCAAUGCCAAUUGGCUUGAUAUUAAUUUAACGUCUGAGAUCGAUGAGUUCCACAAAAACACCGAUGUCAAUGCAUUAAAUAAAGUUAUGCUACUAGACAAAGUUGGAGCAUACAGAUACGCAUCAAUAUGUAUGAGUAAUAUUUUGCCAGUAACACCGACAUUAACAUUAGCAACUCCAGUAUUCAGCCCCCCACUGUGCCAUUUAAUUUACUGUCUCAGAAAUCUUAUGGCGAACAGUUUAUUGAAGCAACAGCAUCAGCUAAAAAAUUCCGAGUACGCAAAUCAACAGAUGAUCGUAAUUAAGAAUUCAACUCUUGAUUCAUCAAAAGAAAAUGAUAUAUUUGAAUUACUUGAUAAAAUAAGUUACAAAAAUGGAACAUGUCGUCGAGAAUUAGAUAAACUUGAGACAAUUUAUGACGCUUGGGCUAAUCAGCCGGUUCAAGAAGCGAUGUCUGUUAUUGAUGACACCGCUCACAGAUUAACGUACGAUGAAUGGGUGAAACGUUACAGCUCACUACUAUUUAUGAUUACACGGAACAAAUGAAUGAACUUUAAAAUAAGCUUCAAGAUCAUGUGAUAUGUAAUUACUCCAUAAGUUAUUAUAAUUAUAAUAGCUUGUAAGCUUGUACAAUAUUACGCAGUAUUAUAGCAAAUAUUUUUUUUCUAAAUAAAUU